UGAUUAACAUUGUUUCGCGAAUGUUUCCGUGGCGCGUUGGGCGCUUGUUCGCCACCUGUCGUGUUCAUUUGCCUCGGCAUUCUCGUGCUCCUCGUCCAGCAGGUGAAACGCACCCUUCCACGCACGCACCAUGAAGUGUUGUGUGUUGAGGUGCAAGAGCGUGACAAGUUUUCGACCGAAGCCGUUGACGUUCCACAGGUUUCCGAAGGAUCCCGACUUGAGGCGGAAAUGGAUUUCGGCUGUCUGUCGCGACCCAUCGUGGGCACCAUCGAAGUACAGUUCUGUUUGUAGCGAACACUUCGGUGCCCGCGAUUUCAUGACCGGAAUCAAGGCGAUUGGUCGGCUAAAACCAAAGGCCGUUCCGUCACUUAGUGUCAACCACGAUAGUGUCAACGAGAUAGCUGCCAAGGAAUGUGCCAUGGGAACUGACAGUAUGGACGUGGCUCAAUCGGAAGAACGUGCAUGUGGUACAUCAACUGACACUGAAACAUGCUCGUUGGAACCUGAGACAGAUCCUCACAUAUUUGUAGGCCCCAUGUGA